GUUUGCAAAUAAUUCGUCUACUCGGACUUUUGCUUUCGUUAUGAUGUGAUUGUUUUUCGAGAAACUAGUUCGGUACCUGAGCCUAACAUAACCUGUCAUUCCAUUGUUUAUUGUUCAUGGAAUAUGAAUCACGUGUGAAAAUCUAAGAAAGUCGGUGUCGAUUUCAGUUUGUUUGGCAUUACCAAUUUUACCGUCAUUGUAUCACCUUAUAUCCUUAAUACCUUACAUCUCAAAUCAUCUUUAAACCGCGUUUCUUUUUCUUCACUCUUUCCAUUCCACUUGGUACUUAACCUGCAAAACUUGUUGCUCAAUAUUUUCGUUCUGAAUAUAAGAAAAAAGAAACUUCAACCCGUGCGUACUUAAUGAUAAACUGCUUAAAUCGUACUAAUUUUAUAGGCCAGUGUUUGAAAAUGGAAGACUCGGAAAUUCAUAUAAUUAUUUAUGCAAAUAAUAACAUUUUUGACGAUUUAAUCGUUGCUCCGAGUUAUAUUAGCAAUUGUACCAAAGAUUACGCCAGGUUUGAUAAAAUAGCGCCAGACAGGGCAAAAGAUGAAUUUAAUUACGUAUGUUUCAAACUGAAUCGACGGGGUCUAAAUUCAUAUCUAGUAUCAAAGUAUGCUUAUACUAUGAAAAGAUCGAGUUAUUAUCGUCAAAUGUCACUGAAUAUGUUGCGAGAAUACUACAGAUCUAAAGCACAUGCAGAUAUGGAUUUCGUUAUUUAUAUUAGGCUACGGAUGCCUAAAGUACAGUACCUCGACUACAAAUGGAAUGAGAAAAUCACCCAAAUGGCCUUGGAACGGAGAGAACUUGACCAUGCCAUGUCCUGGCUGUCGACUCUCGGAGGAGGAUUUUCUGCACUAGGAGAAACAUUUGAACAUUGUGCUGAAAUGGCUGGAAAAAUAUCCGUUAGGCAAUUGCAGUUGGCUCUACGUUUGGGAGAUGCGCUUUUAGUAGCCAGAUGCAAAUUGUGGGCUGCAUUGAGUUUGUUGCAACGUGGAUAUCUCAGGGUUUCAAAGAACAUAGUUCGAGAAACUUAUCGAUUGGGUGUAGAUGAAAAAGACAUACGAUUACAAAACAUGUGCAAAGGAGUCUGGGCGAAACUUCAAUAUACUUAUCAAGUUAAACGACAGUUGAAAAAAUCUUAGCAUACGUUGUUACAUGUUGGACUUUAUUUCCGACGAUGAACUUUGUAUAUUUGUAAAUAAACUAGUCAUGAAAAAUAACAGGCAGAUUCCUUUUACCGUUUUAGUCAAUUUUUUAAUUACCCUUGUGAGCUCUAAUACCAAAAAAUUUGGAUGAACUCAUAAUUCACAAGUCGAAAAUCAAGUCGCAUCUUUUUCUUAUUUCCUCAUCUUUAUCAUACAAAGUUCUGAAACGAGCAGAUAUUCUGUCAUAUUUUUGGAUACCUACUUCAAAUUGUAUCUUGACUCUUCAUUCGACAUAUUAUAUGACUGAUGCAGAAUU